UUCAUAUAUAGCAUAUCGAAGAAGCGACCGGUCUUCUGCUUCGAUCCAUCAAGAAAGUCUCCUGCUCGAUCUCUGCCGCCUCAAGAAAACCUCUACUCGAUCGAUCAUCUGCUGCUUUAUUUGUAUCGAUGCAGCAGACCAUCGCGUAACGAUGGUGGAGGGUCUCAUCUCUUUCGUCUUCGGCACGAUCAAGAAGCGGAGGAGAGAGAGAAGAGCGAUGGACUACGAGCGCCUCUCCUCCGGCGGCGCUCCUUCGACGCAGGGGCCGCUGGAGCGACUCACCAGCGCAGCCUACGGCGGCGUCAGCCGCUCUCAGAGCUGCCGGUUCGUCGCUCGUCCUCCGGCCGACGACCUCGAUCUCUCGCACGGAGAGCGUCUCCUGCUCGGCGGCCGCGCGCCGCCGGAGGGUCUCCCGGAGAACGAGCUGCUCCCCGCUGGCCGGCGACGGGCCGGGCCUCGUGUGUCUAGGUCCCGGAGGUUCAGUAGCAUGCGCCUGUUUGGAUGCGGCGCGUAGGAAUUUGUAGGGUGCGUGUGUGUGUGCAUGUGAUUGUAGGCUGUGGCAUGUGCUGCAAGCACAGCUUGUCCAGGAGAUCGAUCGCCGAGAAAAUCGGUGAAGUGUUAAGUGUACUUGACACGAACAGGACGCAGGAAUCUAUCUUAGCUUCCUCUGAUGGCAAGAUAGUGAUGGCUGACAGAUGUCUUAACAUGUCUAUGCAUGCAGGGAAGAAGAAUUCAGAGACACACUACUCGCAAUUGUUGCACAUGGAUGCUAACUUUAGUAUAGUUAUCUUGGCAUGCAUAAAGCCAUAAGCCAGUGAAUUAUGGAAAAGUCUAUCCUUUGAUCUCUCUAAAGGAAAAUAAAAAGAAAGGUUUAUCCAAGAAUGGAGAAAUGGUACAUAAUACAAGAAAAUCUUGAAGAUGGGGAUGUUGGCAUGUGUGCUUCCCCUCCAUGUUAGAUGCAGCUGAUCCAGGUAAAUUCAGCUGGCUACAUACCUGCACGGCUGCACCUAUUACGAUAUUAGCUUCUGAAUAUAAUUUUAUACAUGUAUGCUGACUAACUCACCGUCUGAACAUUUGAGGAAGCAUGAACACAUUUCAGCUGUAACCAGUUGGAAUUGGCCGUGGGGCAAACCGGCAAAGACAUGUUGAUCACACCAAGAUCAUUGCAAGUGCAUGUGCAGCCUCUGUUUCAGUUCACCUUUUCAUUUUCCUAAUUAGUUGUCGUAGACGAAACAUACAAACUGGACCUAUCACUUCACAUGCAUGCAGAUCCAAAUGCAGGUGCAGUCAUAUGACCAUAUCUCAAUGGUAGUCAGCAAAACAUUAUAAAAUCUCAGAGAUGCCACGGUUACAUGCUCAAUCAGCGGCUAACGGGAAGUCAAUGCAAACUCUGACAUCAUGCGUGAUCUGGUGCCGGUUUCCCUAUAAGAAUCCUUGCGAUGCCAGUUCGUUUCAUCCCCACAUCAAGACAGCAAGAAUCGAGUCAUCUACUGAACCUCCUGUUCGUUCUUCUGCUUCAGGAAGAGUAGAAGCUCUCGCUCUCCUGCUCGCUCUGCUGGUCCAAGAAAAUCUCCAGCUCGAUCUUUGCUGCUCCGGGUCGGUGCAGAUCAUUGCAGCAGGAGCAUGGAUGGGCUCAUCCCGUUGGUGUGCGGCGCGCUCAAGGGGCGGAGGCGCGCGAAGAAGGCGGUGGACUACGAGCGCCUCUCCUCCGCCGGCGCUCCUCCGAUGUGGGGGCAGGAGCGCUUCACCGGCGGCGCCUACCAUCCUCGGAGUCAGAGCUGCCGGUUCGCCGCGGAUUCGCCGGCCGGCGAGCUCGGCUUCGCACGCGACGAGGGUGACCGGGCACUGCCUGAGGGCCUCCGGGACGAGCCGCUCCCGCCGGCGGUCGGCGACGGUUGGCGCGGCCUGUCCAGGUCCCGGAGGUUCAGCAGCAUGCGCCUGUUUGCGUGCGUCAGUGGCGCGUAGGAUUGUAGGAAUCCCCAGGGGCACGGACGCACGGUGGUGGGUUUGCCGUUUGUGACGCGAGCACAUCCUGUACAGUGUACAGUACAGAAGGGAGAAGAUCGAUAAAUCGAGUGAGAUGUAGUAGUUGAUGCGAAGCACAAUGCAGGAAUUGAUCUUAGCUUCGCGCUGGUGGCAAGAUGAAAUUCUGUACUAACAUGGCUCACUGCAUUUUAGCAUAGUGAACUUUUUUCUAUGU